UUUGGUGUUGUGCGUAAUGUUUUCGAUGUUGUAAACAAAGUGAUCACACAUCUUAAAGAAUUCCCAAAGUACGCGCAAAAAGCUAAAGAAUUUUCCAGCACAAUUAGAAUGUUUUCAACUAAUGUAAGUUAUUGGGAAACACAACUGGGAAAAUUGGACAUUCGAGAACAGUUUAAACUGAAAUUUGAUGAAAAGUUGAAAAGCGUUUGCAAUAAGUUUCGUUCAUUGUUAACUGAGAGCGCCCAGCGAGUCUACGGUGAUAAGGGAAGCGUUAUAAAAUCUCUCCGUGCAUUCAUUACAAGAGAAACCGAUACAUUCAUAACACAAUCUGUAGCGAAGCUAAGUGUAAUAAAACAGCCGAUGGAAAAAGCAAGAGAAGAUGCCAAUGAAAUGUUGGAAAUAAUUGCUUUGAUUUGAGCAACGUUGCUUAAAAUGAGACCCUUCUCCGAAAAUUUUACGCCGAUACUUACAGCAAUCAAACGUUUGCCAAGUUGCAAAGAUAUGCGGUCUAUAUUUGGUGAAUUGUCAACGCACUGCGGAAAACAAAUUAUUUCAUUUGGUCAAUCAGCGUACAAUGAAUUCUCUAAGGUGUAUGCAAACAUUGAAGCAUUUCUUCAACUAAUGCCAGAAAACUUGGAGGAAUUGAGUUUACAAAAAUGUCUUCCAGGUGGAACAUGUUUAUCAGACGCACUUAAAAGUCAAGCUCGUGAAGUAUUCAAUGAGAUGAAAACACUGAAAAACAGUUUUGGUAUUUUUCAUAACGUCACGGAUAAGAUAGAAACAUGCAAAAAGAAAGUGGAAGCUAUUUACAGUGUCAUUACGAACGUGAAAAACAUUUCGAAUUUGAUUGAAGAAUUUUCCUUGAAAGACGACACUCGACUAAUUGAAGAAUUAUCUUCAACAUUAAGAGGCAAAAUUUCUCAUGCUGACGAAGGUGUAAAAGUUAAACGACGUUCCGCCGCAAACGUUCCAAAGACAAUUUCCGACUACGUAAGAAAAGUCAACAAGACUGAAGAAGCAAUCCAAUCUUUGGUUGAUAAUGUCAUCAGUCCAAUGAAAACAUUCUACACCGAUAAUAUUGAGCCUUUUAACAAAAAACUUCAGCGCAUCCUUAAAACGUUGAACAAUUAUAAUAAGUUAGUGAUAAAAUCUCAAGAUAUAAGCCAAAUUCUCAACCUGCAGCCAUCGCUUCAUACUUUAGUCAAUAAUAUAAUUACCUUCAUCAAAAACGCUCAAAAUGCUGUCGGCAAAAUUUUGGAUCCAAUUCUCGACGUUCUUUCCAAAACUGGCGAUUUUACCAGUAUCUUUGAUAGUAAACUUAGUCAUUAUGGGACAAAGAUUAUAGAAGCGUCAAAAAAAUUAGACGACCUACUUAAAAAAGUCACAUCUUUCCUAAACUCAAUACAACUGCGUCAAAAGGGACUUUCAAGUGCCAGUUACAAAUCUUGGGACCAAUACACGCAUUGUUCUUCAGAUGUUUGUUUGCGAUUGAUACGUCGAUCUUCCAAACCCUACCUUAAUCUGAUAUUUCCACUUAAGUUUCCUCAUUUGGACGACCUGUCCUCCACAUCCUUAGCAAACAACGGUAAAUGGCCAGUCCCCGGACUAUUUGAUGAUUACAAAAUUCGCAGCAUCGAGCAGUUGUCCAGCAAUGAGAUGAUACUUGGAAUGAAAGGAGUUGGAGUUAAUACGGGAAAAGCGUCGCUGUUAGUUGUGGUCAGGAUCCAGUCUUCACAGACUGAGAUACUUAAAAUCAUUCAGAUCAAGAAAGACGGAAAACCAUUUCCAAUAAGCAUGGGUGGCAUAGUUAUUCUCAAAUCAACUUUAAUAUGGAUCGCACACGACGAUGGUCUCUACGCAGUAAAAUUGUCUGAUGUCCGGGCUAGCAUGGCAUCUAAACGUCCAACUACGAUUGCUGUCGUCAAAAACAAAGCUGUUCCGUAUAAAGUGCAAUCUAUUUCGCAUGACAGCACAGGCAUGGAGGUCUGGGUUCUAGAGGGCAAACGAUCGUAUAGCUACGCUGUUAGCCCAUAUGGAGAUAUUUUGAGCGAAAUGAAACAAUUAACAAUACCAGAGCCUGCUCGAGGUUUUACAAUAGUUCGACAAUAUGGAAUCAAAUACGGAUGUCUUGCAAAGUGCGAAUUGGUGAUUGGUUACCAGUGCCGAAUAGAAUUUCAUAAUGUGUCAAAUGGUGUUCUUAGCGAGUCUAGUAUUUUAAGAGUGGUAAGGACGCCGUCUGGUCUCGAGGCAGUGCAAACAGUUGGUGAAGACAAGGUCAUCGCAGCGUUUUCAAGCGCGGUGAUAUCAGAAAAAGAGAAGAUUGAACGAAUUGGAGGAGACUUCGAAGAUCGCUUUUUUAGAAUGUACGUUCCAGUUCUUAAGACUGAGUUUACAAUAACCGAGAAUUGUCUUUACUUCCAAGUUGCAGGAAAUACAAUAAUUCCACGAUCGCGUUUGGUACCAUUUGGAAAAAAGAAAUGUGGAAAUGACCGGAAACGAAGGAGUGCAGACAAUAUUAUUGAAAGGGAUAUAUAUACGAAAGAGCUGGCGAGAGUUCGACGAAGUCAACGGCAGACCAAUGGCGAAAUAUCAUGCCUGUGGAAUCAUGACGUUGAGCUGGCCAAAGACUCAUAUCCACUUGUACCCGAAGUAAGUUCUACUAUCAUAGUAUUUGGCAUACCAAUCACAUUUUUCUUCAGUUCUACGUUCUUUUACUCUGUAAACACCAGAGUGUCGCUAUGUAUCCCAGAACGACAGAUUCACAUUGCUCUUAUUCCUGGAGUGUGGUUGACUGUUGAAGCUGGCGCAAAAGUUUCUCUGAUUGUUGUAGAAGCAGGUAUAACCAUAGAAGCAAAAAUUCUGCAAACAAAGCUUAUUCCAAAGAUCAUAGUUAGUGUGAAAAAGUGGCCAUUAAAUGCUUGCCUAGAGCUCAAACUCGACACUAACCCUCUCGCUGUACGUGUAUAUCCGUGGUUCCGUCUUAGGGCAUGCUUUUCAUUCCGUUGGAAAAGCAUAGGGUGGGGAAUAAAAAUUCCAAUACCAUAUAUAAGGUGGUGUUCAAGACGCGAGUUAAAUGGAAUUAGAUGGUCAACGUCUUCCAUUCACAAACUGCUGUUCAGAAACUGUGGGCAAGAUUCUGACAACACUCCACCCGGUAUCGGAGUGUGCAAGGCAAAACAGGUUGGACACAAAAAGUACUUUGUUCAAUGGCAUGGUUUCACCGAGGAUAGUAACAUUCAAACAUACAUCGUCACAAUUGGCUCAUCUGCUGGCUCAGGAGACGACCAUUUUUCGAGGGAACACGAGCGUCAAAGCCUUGUUGUCGACAAUAUUGACAUUGCAGAAGGUAGGGCAGUUCAUGCCGGAGUACAAGCAGUUAAUGGGCAUGGUUUAAAAAGUGGCAUAGCGAAAUGUGAACCAUUUCCAGCAACACAAAAUCCACCUUUGCUGAACUUUUUAAACGACGGAAACCCCACGUAUGACAUUGAUUACCAAACAGACAAUACAACCUUAUCGUUAUAUUUUAGUCUAAAGAAAUCAUUUCAAAAUAUCUCAAGUGCUCGCUGGGGAGUCUCGACUAAACCAAGCUGCACACAAGAAGCUGAUUUUAUUUCACUCCGAGAAACGGGUGGAAGUUUUGAUCUCAAAAAGACUGGUCUUGUUCUUCCAACUGGUUCAAAGUACUACGCAAGAGUGAUUCUUAUCAACAGCUUAGGAAUGACUACCAUCGCCUGUACAGAUGGUGUUACAAUAGAUAUAACUCCUCCUGUACCUCAAAAUUUCACGAUUGGAAAAGGUGGUGGAAAAUUUAUACCCUCUACAAGACGAAUAUUUGGCAAAUUUAUCCACUUCGUUGAUAACGAGAGUCCAAUGGCUAAGUACGAGUGGAAACUUGUUGAUGAAAGGACCAAAACAGACACCACACAAUUUCAAAACAUUCCUGUCGAGCAAAAUUCGAUGCUAAUAGAAAGAUUGAGCUUAACCUCAGGGGCAAAAUACACGGCCGUACUCAAAGGUACCAACGCAGCAGGUCUUCACGCCAUCAUCAAUGUGACUGGAAUAAUUCCUGAUAUCACUCGUCCACGUUGCAAUGGUAAACCUAGAGAUGUACUUGGAUUUAAUGAUAUUGAGGAUAAAGAUUUCGUUUCACAAUUUGCAAAUCUUACAGCCUUGUUUACUUGCUACGAUAAUGAAAGCGGUGUGGACAAUAUCAAAGCUGCCGUUGGCACUUACCCCGGAGGAGACGAUAUUCAUCCGUUCACAGAUAUAAGACACUUAUUCCUAAAAGUUUCAGAUUACUCACAUACUCGAUGGAUCUCAUUUGUCAACGUCUCUUUGACUGAGCGUGUUAGGUACUAUACAACAGUCCGAGUUGAAGACAGAGCAGGCCAUAAAACAACUUCCAGCAGCGAUGGAGUAUUGAUCGACACAACAAAGCCCAAAGUUCAAUAUGAGUAUAUCAGAGAUGGUAUUCAAGGUAUCGAUAAAAAAUACAGCAAUCAAAUUUAUACCUUUCCCGCACAUUGGGAAAAUGCAUUUGCAGAUUUAGAAAGUGGAAUUAGGGAGUAUUUUGUGGGACUUGGUUCCAAACCCGGAUUGGAUGACAAGUCUUCCUUUGUAUCACAAAAGUUGGUAACAAAGGCUUGGAUUAAAGGCAAUAACUUGACAAAUGGAGUGAAAUACUUUGUAACGGUCAUUGCAUGUAAUCAAGUGGGAAUGUGCAUAAAUGGUAGUAGCGAUGGAGCAAUGGUAGACUUUGUUAAACCGCAUAUCGGCCUGGUCACACCAGGUCAUGAUGGACCACCUCUAAGUAUAACUUGGAUAAGCCAAUCAGCGUGGGCUCGAUGGGAAUGGUGUCCAAUGGACAAGCAAAAGCAACCUGAUCUGCUUAACAUGUGUGAUAGGAACAGCUUCUAUGACUCACAUUCAGGAAUACGACGGUUUGGUAUGACUGUGUUAUCAUAUGAUACUGCUAGUCAAGUAGGUGAUGUGAAAAUAGUCGGACGCGUUCAAAUUGCUGGUAUUCACGUCAAACUAUCUAACGGCGUGUUUUCUGUAGUUGUCGAGGCUCAAGACAGGGCUGGAAUUAAAGCCAGCGCUCUUUCCAAAGCUUUUGUAGUUGACAGUACCCCACCAACUAUUACCAAACUCUAUCAUGGCGUCCAAAAUAUGGCAGUCGCAUAUACAUCCACAAAGGAAUACGCCUUUAAAGCUUUCUUUGAAAUUAGUGAAGACCUAUCAAGUAUCCACUCCUACAGCGUUGGUGUCUCAACAAUUCCUAAAGCUGACGACAUAAUAAAAUUUCAGAAAUAUUACGUCCCAGUGGGAUUAAAUACAAUUCUCGUGAAUUGGACGGCACUGGCUCCAAUAACUUUAAUAUAUCAAUAUCGUUAUUACAUAACGGUCAAAGCAACCAAUAAAGCUGGACUGCUUUCGAUUGCUUCAUCACAGCCAUUAUUAUUUGACAACAAACCACCCUUCAUAACACGUGUAAUAGACGGAUGGGGAAUAAGGGACUCUCAAUUUCAUCCGUUUCCAAACACAUACCGUAUACAUUGGACAAAGCCAUUGGACGUUUCUGGAACACAGCAAAUCGACGUUUGUUUGAGUUCGAAAAAAUAUGACCACCUUUGUAAUCUGUUUCCAACAGUUAAAAUAUUGCCAAAAGCAAAUGCAUACAUCUUUGGGAAUGUCUCAUUCAGGUCUGGCCAGCAAGUGUUUGCGCUUGUAAAAUUUACAGAUAAAGCAGGUAAUUAUGAAAGCUUUUGGAGUGAUGGUGCGCUGGUUGAUACCACCAAACCUAUCGCCGGCAAAGUGAACGAUGGAAAAUGGGGGGCUGACAUAAGAUAUCAACGUGAAAUAAAUAUUCUUCAUUCAACUUGGUCAGGAUUCCAUGAAAAUGAAAGCUUCAUUCAUCACUACGAAUUAGGAUUUGGUACUUCGCCCAACAAGACAGACAUUCAGCCAUUCACAAGUGUUGGUUUGUCCACUUCGGCAGCGUCAGCAAACCUUCAGGUUUCAAGGCUUACUAAUGGACGGGUAUAUUUUGCACAUGUUGUGGCAUACAAUAUCCUUGGAAUAAGGAGUGACAUAGCAGUUUCCGAUGGAGUUUUGAUAGAGGCAACGCCACCUGUUUUUGUACUCCCUGUGAAGGACGGAUCUAUGUUAAGUGUUGACUAUCGUUACACAAAUAAUGUCCAUUCGUUGGCAUUAAAUUGGAAGUGUGAAGAUAAAGAAAGCAGUUUAAAGAAAGUUUCAGUUUGCAUUGGUUCACAGCCAGGUGAAGAAGAUGUCGUUCGCUGUCAGCAAGUUUUACCUUUUCAAAAGGUUAUUGCUUUUAAUGGCCUCAAUCUAAUGCAAGGGAUGCAAUAUUUUUCAACAGUUAGAUGCACAAACAACGUGGGGAUGGAGAAUUCCAUGUCAAGCAAUGGCAUAGUGGUAGAUCGCUCCCCACCAUCAUCUCGAUACAUAAGUGUUGGUGAAAAUGCAUAUCAAAGUUUGAAAAAAGUUGGACUCGGCACAUGGGUAAACAUACGUUGGAAGUUUGUUGAUUUUGAAAGCAACAUUUUUAAGUACAAUGUUUCCAUCUUAAAAAAUGAAAGUACGGAGAUUGUAGCAGGCCCUUGGUCAUUUGACGGAAAUCAAACAUCUGAACAGUUCUUGUUAAACAUGAGUGGUAUACGGAACGGAAAACAUUAUGUUGUGUCGGUUACAGCUCAAAAUGGCGCUGGUCUUACAUCUAAAGCAACUAGCAUCAGUUUUGUUGUCGAUGCAACAUCUCCCAUUUGCAGUGACGUGUAUCAUUCUACUGUGGAUAGUGAGAAAACCAGUUUUAGUAGCUACACAGAAAAACUGGUUCUUCACGGAAACUGUAGCGACUUCGAGACGGGAAUAUUAAGUUACGAAUUUGCAAUUCAAGAACGUUUGACGUCUACUUAUGUCGUUCCAUUCUAUCGCAUAAAAGUACGCGAUACUUCGUCAUUGUUUGUUGUUGAUGGACUCGGUAAAUACCCUGUGACACUUCGAAAUGACGGCCAAUACAUUGUUGGACUUCGCGUGGCGAACAAUGUUAAUUUAACAAGCGUUUAUUGGUCUGAUGCUGUUGUCAUUGACACGACGGAACCAAAAUUUCGCCUAAUACGAUAUUCAUACCGUGGUCACGAAAAUGUAUUUCAGGUGGUUUGGGAGCUUUUUGAUAAAGAAAGUAACAUCAAAAAUAAUGAAUGGGCUUUAAGUGCUGUAACUAAUUCUGAGAAUGCACUACGUUUCCAUAAAGUUCAUGGAAAUAUUUCGGAAAUUACAAUUUCUAAUGCGUUCUUCAGUCCGGGAAAAAUGUACCGCAUUCAUUUCAGAGCAACCAAUCAUGCAGGAUUAACGACGUCGUUCGGGUCAACUGGUGUUUUUGCAGAUUUAUCUCCACCUUCAGCUGGUCGGGUGAUCGCAGACUUUGUUCUCCCAGAGGCGUACGAUGGUAAUUCGUUCAUGAGCGAAGGUGCGUCGUUCAUGGUGAAAUGGAGUGGAUACAUCGAUAUGGAGAGCGGCAUAGCAUCAUAUAAAUGGGCCAUCGGUUUGAAUCUCGAAGAAACUCUUCGUGCAGAAGAGAACCACUACACAAAUGUUUUGUUUGAAAGCUCUUUAAAUAGUGUCGAAAUUGCAAACCAAACAAUACAUUCAAAUACAACUUACUAUGUUUGUAUUAGAGUCACAAAUGAGGCUGGACUUUCCGUUACGAAUUGUUCAAAUGGAGUUUACGUGAAGUUAGGGAAAUUGACUGCUGGAGCAGUAUAUGACGGACCUCUUCAAAGAGACAUCGAUUUUCAAUUGGAUGAUAAAGCAAUGUGGACUCAAUGGUCAGGAUUUGAGGAUCCAGUGUAUGGUCUUCUGGGUUAUUCAUGGUGUUAUGGAGAAGCUACUUACGAGGAAAACGAAACAUUUUCAUGUGCAAUACCGUUGCAGUCAGUUGAGCCACCUCUCAGGAGAUCUGCCCACCAAUUUCAUGGAAUUACAUUAAUGGAUGGAAAGCAUUACAGCGUAAAAGUCAAAGCAGUUAAUCGAGUAAACAAAAGUGUUGAGGCAAUUUCUAAUGGCGUAACAGUCGAUAGAACUCCACCAGAUCCAGGCACACUAUUGAUUGGUGGUAAGCAAGCAACUAAAACUAUGUAUAUCAAAGAAACGAUUGCACCAACCAUAACAUGGACAAUGGGUGACAAGGAAAGUGCGAUGAAGAAGUAUUAUAUCGGAGUGGGCACUUUUCCAAAUUCAGAUAAUCUAAUGAAAUAUAUAAGUGUUAACGGAAGCACACGCGCUUUAAAUCUAGACGAUGUCAAAUUUCGUGUAGCCCACGGUCUUCAAUUUUAUAUCACACUUGUUGGGAUUAAUGUCUUGGGACUUAAAGCAAAAAUCACUUCGUCUGAAAUAAUUGUCGAUUGGCAACCUCCUUUAGCAAACAAACUUCGGGAUGGUGAUGGAAUGAGCGAUCUUGAGUUUCAAACAGAUAAUACACGUAUUGUUGCAAACUGGGAUAAAUUUGUCGAUGCUGAGAGUGGAGUUGUUAAGUAUCUUUUCUGCGUUGGAACUGCAGUAGAAAUGUGCGACGUUUUGAACAAGACUUCAGCUAAUUCCAGCUUAAUCGCUGAAGCAUCAGUAGCCUUGGAGCACUCUUAUACCUAUUUUGUCACUGUAACAGCAGUUAAUGGCGCUGGCUUAUCAACAAUUAUUUCUACAGAUGGAGUAACAAUUGACCGAACAGCACCAGUUGUUCAAGGAUUUUCUAUACUAUCUUCAAUAAAGUCAAAUGAGAAUACAAGUAAUAGUCUCGGCCACUUGAGAAUUUCACAUAUUUCUACACGCAAACAUGAUAUAACUGCAACAUGGGACUACAUCGGUGACGAUGAGAGCAACAUUAAACACAUAUCUGUUUGUGCGGGCAAGAGAAAUGAAACGUGUGAUUUAAGGGAAUGGCAAAGAUGUGGAACACAAGCCUCUUCAUGCAUCCUGCACUUUCCCACAAAUCUUAGACCAGGUGACCUUUUUGUGCUUAGGCUUUCGGUAAAGAAUGGUGCGGGCCUAAUGACUUUCGCACAAACAGGGAAGGUCCUCGUGGACACAAGCUCACCAAAUGUAGGAACCAUUCAAAUUAAUGGACAAGUAAACGGGCGAAAUAACGUUAUACUGUUGCAGCACGGGCAACCAAUACGUGUUUCUUGGCAAGGAUUUGAAGAUGCUGAAACAAACAUUCGUGAGUACCAAUGGAAAGUAUGUUAUGCAGCACAGACAGACUCUUGUCUUAACAAUUUUGUGAACGUCGAUUUAAGAACAAGUAUAACUUUUAAUGACACCGGAAUCGAGCAUGGAGUAGAGUACCGUAUAGUAGUGAAAGCUGCGAACUUUGCUGGAUUGGAGACCAAAUCAUUUUCAAAUUCAUUUAUUCUUGAUAAAACUCCACCUGACAUAGGGAAGAUUACCACCAUCAGUAGGAAUGGCUAUCAAAGUUCUCCUUCUCAAAUAUCUGUAGCAUGGAAUGGCUUUUACGAUGCAGAAAGUGGAAUUUCUCGCUAUGAGGUCUGUGUUGGUACAAUGGAAGGAGUAUGUGAUGUUUCUGCUUAUCGAAGCGUUGGUUUGAGCACUGCGACCGUUGUUCGUAACUUAAAUCUUACUCAAAAUGCGACUUAUUUCACCACAGUGCAAGUCACUAAUGGUGCAGGUCAAACCAGUUUUUCCUCGGCAAGUGGCACGACUAUAGACCAGACUCCGCCAGUUGGAGGUUCUACACCACGAGAUGGCAGCAAUGGUGAUCAAGCUGUGACAUUAAAAGGCAUUUACAUCGAAUAUAACUGGGACGAGUUUAGUGAUCCAGAAUCAGGAAUUUGGAAGUACGUCAUUUGCGCUGGAUCAGUUGAAGGAGCUUGCGAUUUGUCGUUGAAAGUGACAGUUGUAGACGUGCUUAAGGCAAGUUUACGCAUUGGACCAGAUGUUAGUUCCGGCACAAAAGCCUAUUCAACUUUAUGGGUCUACAACAAUGCUGGUGGAGUGGUUGAGCGAUACUCGAAUGGAGUACUGCUAGAUGGAACACCACCUGAAAAUGGAAAUGUUAAAAUUACAUCUCCAAGCGUUUUGAUAAACAACGUAAUCCAUUUAUCCAAUCUGAAAAACCUGUGUACGUCCUGGCAUUCGUUUACUGAUUUGGAGACAAAGAUAGUAAGCUAUCAUUUUUCAUUAUGCUUGUAUGCAAACCAGCAAAAUUGCAGCGUAAAGCGACAAAGUGUGAACAAUCAAACGUCUUUGUGCAUUGAAAAUCCACCAAUGAUUGAAGGACAGAAGUACAUCAUUCAGAUCCUAGCAACAAACGAAGUUGGUCUUGUGUCUACUGCUGCGUCGAAGCCAUUCACACUUGACAAUAGUCCUCCCGACAUUGGUGUAAUUACUGUAUCAAACACAAUCGGUAAGCAGUUUGAUUUUAUCUCGACGAGCUUAUUAACGGAAUGGAAUGGUUUCAUUGAUCGCGAGAGUGGUAUAAAAGAAUAUCGUGUUUGUGUUGGAACCGAACCUGGGUUGUGUAAUAUCACAAACAAUGCGACCGUGGGAAAUGUCUUUCAUCAUACAUGGUACAAUCUUAGUUUACUCAACUCUGAAGAUUAUUUUGUCUCAAUAUGGAGCAUCAAUAAUGCUGGCCUGUCCUCCGAUUAUAUUUCCUCCGAGCCCUUCUCCGUUGACACAACAGCUCCACUGUCUGUUGAAAUUUUUGAUGGCUCAACUCAGCUUCGAGACAUUGAUUACCAACAAAAUAAGGAUCAACUAUUUGCCACAUGGUCAAAGCUUGAAGAUCCUGAUAGCGACAUAGUUUCGGUUAGCUGGUGUGUAAGCACAUCGUUUGACAGAUGCGAUGUCAUACAAAAAACAAGUAUUCCGGUCUCCUCGACAAAGCUAACCGCGUUUCUUCCUCAAAAAGCUCAUGACGGAAUAACGUAUUAUGUAUCAUUGACUGCAAUAAAUGGAGCAGGAUUAAGCACUACAACGAUAUCUGAUGGAGUCUCAAUUGAUAGUAAGGCUCCUACUGCCGGGAUCGUUGUCGCAAGUCAAAAUGGUAAAUUAAGAUAUCAAAACGGAAAUGAAGAUAUUCGUGUUCACUGGUUUGGAUUUAAAGACAAUCAAAGCAGUAUUCAAUCUUACGAAUUUUCUCUAUGCGAGGGACUGAACCGAUCAUCUUGUCUAUUGGAAGGUACGGGAGCUGGAACGGAAACAAAUGUAACAUUGAGGGUUGAUAUGCUCGAUCUGAAUCAUGGAAUGGAAUAUGUUGUCAUAGUUCGCGCAACCGACGUCGUUGGUUUGAACGUUGAAACUUUAUCGAACAAAUUCCUGAUCGACAAUACCAAUCCUGUUGCUGGUACAAUCUUAACUUCUGGUCCAUUCUUCAAUAAAACAGCGCUAAUCGCAGCGAGAUGGCUGGCUUUCUACGAUCCUGAAUCUGGUAUAUCUUACUACGAGAUUUGUCUUGGCACAGCACCAGACGAUUGCAAUGUCAUCGAUUUUAGGAAUGUUGGUUUGAACACAACGUACAUGUUUAACGGCUUAAACUUGCAGCAGAACGAAAAAUAUUACGUGACAGUGAAAGCAAUUAAUUUGGCGGGCUUAUCAUCGGAAGCUUCUUCGCUAGCUAUCACAGUCGAUAGAACUCCACCAAAAGAAGCUGACAAUGGAAAAAGAUGGAGCUCUGGCGACAUUUGUACAGAUGCAGUUCAAGGCUGUGUACAUAAUAUUUCAUCAGCAAAGAAAAACGACCGUUUAGAAAUUAACUGUAAAGAUGAUCUUAUCAGAAUGAAGUGGUCAAAGUAUGAAGAUAAGGAAACUGGUCUGACUUCAACUGAAUGGUGUCUUGAAACCGUGAACGGCACGUGUGACAUUUACGCUUGGCAUACAAUACCACGCAAUACACAAAGCGUUUCUGCAAUUGUACCCGAUCUCCACACAGCCAUUCAUGUUCGAGGCGUUGUUCGUUUGCGGAACGGUGUUGGAAAAUAUACACAGCUAACAUCUUCACUUUGCGUUCCCAAGAAAGAGCCUCCUCCUUUGGUAAACAUUUCGAUGUUUGAAGAUUGGAGUAAUCCUAGCCUUGUUUCAAACUACCAAAGAAAUUCUGAUGCAAUCUUCGUAAGGUGGUACAUUCCUGAAAACAGGUUUUCGAAUUUAAGCGUGCAUGUUGCUUUAGCAAUGCAAAAGAGAAAUUCUUUUAAUCAUACAAUAGGAAAUAAAUGGCGUGGUGAGCCACUUGUCUUUGACUUUGUAGAAGCUCCACGUGGAAAGAUCAACAUCACCUUCAGUGGUUCUCGAUUAGAAACGUACGUGAAAUAUCAUGUUAUUGUAAGGGUAUGCAACACGGUCGGACUUUGCACAGAUUCACAUGGGAAACAGUUUCAAAUCGUUCCUGACACUCCAAGUCCAAUGAAAGUUAUUACGAGCAAUGGUGCCGAAGGCGAAGAGAUAGAACGUUGGCAAAAGUAUGUAAGAAUACCCAAACUAACACGAAAAAUUGCCGACAACACUUUGUUUUUCUCAGAUCCGUCCAGUCUCUAUCUGAACACGAAACUCGAAGAUAACAAUAAAUCUGCUGUCACCAUUAAUAAUAUUCCCGUCACAUACGAAGCAAGAGUAAAUCGAGUUCUCUUUAACACGAACGAAACUCAAAACGAAACUCUGGUGAGUCAACAAAUGUUCAACAAUACGCACAUAUAUGGAAAUAAUGUGGUGUGUUGUUCAAAACAGAACAAGAAGCCGAGAUCCGUAAAUCCUGACCGCUAUUUUAUCCCAGUUUCAAAAACUACGUAUUUUGGAGUUUCUCUUAGUGUUUUGGACUCUAAUACCAUUGUUGUCUCGUCUUCAACAUAUGUAUAUUUCUUCUCUGUGGAUUCUUUCAAUAUCAAACCUAUUUUUAGUAUUUCACUCAAUGAUACGGCAGCACACGACAGUCAGGUGCAUUACAAAGCAAAGACGAAAAACGAUACCCUCCUGGUGUCAUUCGCAAAUAUUGUUUCUCUUUACAAAAAUAUUCAUGUCGAAACGUUGAACGCUUCGAGCGCCUCCGUCCAUCUGACUAAUUGUAAAUAUAGCAUGACGUCAAUGCCCCGUUAUUGUCAUGGUGACGACCGAUGGUCGACACACAAAAAUGUUGGAAGAAAGUUCGAAUAUGAUGGUAAAGGAACAAUUAUUGUAAGCGGUCAAGAUCCACGAAGCAAUAGUUGCGUUGUGGCAGUUUUUGUACAAGAAAGUGACGAAUGGCAUUUACGUCAAGUCAUUAUAACGGGCGAGAAUGUUAGUUUGUCUAUUAAUCAUCAGUAUAUGGUUGUAGCAAGCACAAAGAUAUUAAUAUAUACGAAAGCGUCAAAUUCAUCCUGGAAAAUUGAUCAAAUACUAUCUAAUAGCUUACGAGAAUCUCUGCUUGCCGACAAAACUGUCUAUUUAGCCACAAAAGUAGAUUUGCUUCUAGUUCUUUCGAAAAAUUCUCAGACAUUAAACGCAUACGAAAUAUCGACCACACAGAGGAGCACAAUUCGGAAAUGCAGUUACAAGUUUGCCUCAAAAAUCGAGUUGACCGGAAAUCUAGAUGUUUCCGAAAGCAAAGAGUUCAUAAUCGCAGUAGGAAUGACAUACAACAAAAAUGCCGGUGUCGUGUUGAUUAAUUACGAUCCUUCUCACGGAUGCGCCAAAAUUGGUGAAAUGACCAUCAAUGCAAAGUCUAACUUUGCAAACAAACACAUACUUCCAACGGUAGCAAUUAGCGAUACACAUUUGUUUCUAGGAACGCCAAAUAUCAAAACCUGGUCAUUAGACGAUGUUUCUUCCGGAUCUGGACGCCUAUAUGUUACAACAUUUUGUAAACGCAAUCACGUGCGCCAGAGACUUUAUAAUAAACAGCAGAGUGUGCUCAUAAAGUGCAUCCAGUGCCAUUCCGGGUGGAAAGCCUUUUCAGGUUUCGAAGAAGAAUGUGUUAAUUGCAUCAACAGCGUCUGUUCAAAUUCGAAUAGUGCACAUUUUAAGCUGGCAGAUGGUGCAAAUCAUCCACCACAUUUCAUGUCAAACCACACAAUAGUACAAAAUGCGUCCAUGGAUAAUUUAACCGUUACUGAAUGGGCAACAAGUCUCGAAAAUCAGGACUUUUACCUACCAGGCUCUAUUCAGAGUUAUGUGGUCCGGUUGGCACAGAUAUUGCCGACAGGAGCAAGAACUGAGUCAGAAACCUUCCCAUUCUCAAUCGACAACACUUCUCCAGAACCAGGCUCAGUUUUUGAUGGACCAGGAAGUGAUGCUUCCCAAAAUUGUUCAGCAAAUACGACUUUAAGCUCAAAACACCAAUGCACUAGCAGAAACUUCCUUGACACAGACAUAGACUACACGAAUGACACAUCUGAAAUCAGCGCAAGAUGGAAUGAUUUCAAAGAUAACGAGAGUAACAUUGCAGAACAGUUUUGGUGCAUCGGUUCGAGGCCUUUAAGUGACGAUUUACUAGCAUGCCAAAACGCUACUGACCAAUCAAAUAAGACCUUUAACGGCCUGUCGCUAAAUCAUAAAGAAAGCUACUAUGUUACUGUUAUAGUCUGUAACUACGCUGGAUUGUGUACGGCCAAGUCAAGUGACGGAGUGCUGGUUGACACUACACCUCCUGUUAUACACAGCGUAAUUGACGGACUUGUCGACAAUGACAUAGACUAUCAGGUAUUUACAAACGCUUUGUUCGGGCAAUGGAAAUCCAAAGAUCCGGAAAGUGGCAUCGCUUUUUACGAAAUAGGUUGGGGUAGUCAGCCUGGAAAAGACGAUGUCUGGGAAUUUCAAGAAGUUGGCAACAUUUCACUUUGGUACGCAUCAUUUGAAGAUGGAAAACUCAAAAAAGGGCAGAAAUUCUUCCUUACAGUGAAAGCUUAUAACGGAGCGGGUUUGGAGUCAGAACCUUUGACUUCCAAUGGCAUUACCGUUGGGAAAAGUGAAUACGUUUUCUCUAAGAAUGAUUCAGGUUUGUUCCUUUUUAACACAAUGAAUGUGGACGCCAAUGAAACUUUGGAAGAAGAAAACGUUGGAAACACAUAUGGCAGCGUCGAGGUUCCGCCCGGAGCUGUAGAAGAUAAAGUGAAAUUUCAAAUGUACAGUCUCGAUGAAAAAGAACUGAAAAAUGGCACAGUUGAUGACACGACAGUUGUUGACCCUGAUAACAGAAAACCAUCAAAGCAUUUCAAACUUGGGGAUUAUAGUUUUCAAAUUAAUGCUUACGAGCCAGAAAAUAACACGUUAAAGAGCCGUUAUCAGUUCAAAAAACCGAUAACGAUCACUUUGGUUUAUGAUGUUGAUCAAAUGCUCAAAAAGAAUCGAAAGGUUGUGACAGAUGAAGUAACGAGCAAAGAUAUCGAUCCUGUUUUACUACUCUGGGAUAAAGAGAAUCAAACAUGGUUCGAUGCAGCAAAAACAUGCCCGGAGCCAUGGAGUUCGGUGGACAAGAUCAAGAAGACCUUGAAAGUGAAAAUUUGCCAUCUCACACAGUUUGCAUUAUUUUGGACAUUUCAAGCAGAGAAUGGAAUCGUGGAGUUCAAGAGAGAAUUUAACGGUAGUGAUAUGCCUUAUGGGUACAUUGACAAAAACGACAGUGUGAUGUACGAUCCUAAACUUCAUAGUAAACAAAUGUUAUUACCACUGAUGAGACUCAAAGGUUCGACCGGAGAUAUAAAUAUAUCGUGGAAAGUCGAGUUUCAACAAAGUUCAUUCAAAGUAUCUCCUGAAUUAGGAGAAGUGCUUAUGAGGGAAGGCCAGUGGAAUUCAUCUAUGCGACUUCAAUUUUACUCCUUACCAGAAAAUGAAAAAGACGUCUACAUUUUUGUUCAUUUGUUUAAUAUUUCUGGAGGGGCAAGUUUUGGGAACACAACCCGAGUGAAAAUCGUGUUUUCUUCCAAAUUCUUCGUAUCGACGAAAACGAGGACUACAGACAAGAACAACUUGAUUUUCAACAUCGUCUUACCGUCAGUGGGUGCAUGCUUUGGCUUAAUCCUCAUAAUAUUGGUAAUAGUUAUUCUGUACCGACGAUGUUUUAGAAGAAGAGAGACAAGAGGACAGAGUCGACAGGUGGUGGUCAUGCAUCAGGCUAACCCAAUUUAUGAUGAAACAUCCUUCAUAUCUGCGAAGGAGUGAAUAUCGCAAACGAUUUUUUAAAACUUUAGCUUUUGUAUAAUCACAAUGCCAAAAUGGCGUAGGAUAAUUUUGUAGUUUCUAAUAUUUGGUUGUACUCAAACAUAACCAUUCAUAACUAAAUUGUAAUUAUUUCAAGAACUAUGAUUAAAAAUCCAUUUUUGUCA